UGAGGGGGGAGAUCUGCCGGGUGAGGGGAGUCCAUGGGAGUUCGGGCUGCUUGGAGACAAGCGGGCCCCUCUCCCAGAACAUCCCCGCGGACAGGUGUACGGACAUUAUCUUUGGAUGUUGUCCGGAAAAGACCCCAGCUGUGGGUGUGCGCGGCCGCCGCGGGCUUCCUGCUCCUCCUGGCGGCCUGUGCGCGGCACCUGCCGGAGCAGGCCGCCCCACAGCAGCAGCAGCAGCAGCCGCCGCCCGAGGUGACCCUCCUGAUCUGGACGCAUCCCUUCGGGGAGUACCGCGAACUUCCGGACUGCAUGCAGCUUUAUCAGAUCCGCGGGUGCAAGCUGACGGACGACCCGGGGGCGUACCCGCAGGCCGACGCCGUGAUCGUCCACCAUCGGGAGAUCUCCAACGGUGACGCGCACCUCCCACCGGAGCCUCGGCCCGACGCGCAGAAAUGGAUAUGGAUGAACUACGAGUCCCCCACGCACACGUCCGAUCUGUGGCUCAUGGAGGGCGUCUUCAACCUCACCCUGACCUACCGGACGGACUCGGACAUUUUCCUGCCUUACGGAUAUCUGGUCCCCCGGGCGCGCGCAGCGGACGAGGCUCCUGAUGGUGGCCAGCUCUCGCUCUCGAGACGCCCGCGUAAGCGCUUCGUGGCCUGGGUGAUCAGCAACUGGUCGGCGACCCACGCCCGAGUGGUCUUCUACCGGGAGCUCUGCGAGUUCGUCCGAGUGGACGUGUUCGGGCGCGCCGGGCGGCCGCUGCAGGGCGGCGGCGACGGCGUGGUGCGGCUGCUGCGGCGCUACAUGUUCUACCUGGCGCUGGAGAACUCGCAGCACACCGACUACAUCACGGAGAAGCUGUGGAACGCGGUGCUGGCCGGGGCGGUUCCGGUGGUUCUGGGGCCGUCCAGGCAGAACUACGAGCGCUUCCUGCCGGCGGAGGCGUUCAUCCACGUGGAGGACUUCCCCACGGUGAAGGAGCUGGCCCGGUACCUGCUGGCUCUCAGGAGCGACCCGGACCGGCUGAGGCGGCGGCACCUGGACUGGAGGAGGAGCUACAGCCUGAGGCAGCCGAGGUUCUGGAUAGAGCACUACUGCACGGCCUGCGGGGCGGUGAGGAGGACCAGAGGACGGACUCAGACGGUGACAGACCUGACGAGGUGGUUUCACUCAUAAGAACCGCGACUCACUUUUAACUUAUAGGCUAUAUGAGAACGUUCUGGGUUUUGUUUCUGAUCAUUUUUUUCUCCCCCACUCAUUUUCUCAUCAGUGUUGAUUUCUUUUUCUUUUUUUUUUUAAAGUGGACUCACCCUUAUUUGACUGUUUGAUUCCAUUAAGUGAGCAAUUAUAAAACAAGCUGCAAACAUUACAUUUGAUCAAAUACACAUCAAAUAUGUUUAUCAAUGCUCCAAUCAAAAGCAACUAUGACUGAUAGGAACUCUGCGUUUCGACAUCUUUGCAGUUUUCUGGAAGUUUGUUUCUGGAUUUGUGGUGAAUGGAAACUAAAAGCUGCUUCUCCGUGUUUGGUUACGUCAUAAAGUGACAGAACUGACUGGUAUCAGAUUCAGUUUUACCAAGUCGAGGUUCCUAUCUAAAAAAAUAAUAGCUGCAACAGAUGACGAUGCUUCCACCACCUUCAGCAUCAUGAGAAUCAUCAUGAUGAUGCUGCUUUGUGCCAAACGCACCACUGUUGAUUUAAGCUUUUAAUCAGACAUUAAAUAUUUCCUCAACAUGAUCUAUUAAGGAUGUAACUCAGCAGGUCUUUUUUUUUUUGUUUGUUUGUUUGUUUUUUGUUUUUUUAAAUGGAUUAUUUAAAUUUCACACCUUGUCACAGAAUCAAUUGCCUUGUCCACCUGGACGCAUGUUGUCGCCGUGAGGGCGGCGGAUAACUUUGCUCCCAGUAAACGAUCUAAAGCUCCAGCAGCUGCUGCAGGCGCUGAUGGUCAACAGCAGUAAUGAUCUCAGGAGGUCAGAACGGCCAGACCCCCCGGAUCCCAUCUAAAUCCCAUUCCUGCAGUCGCUCCGAGUUACAGCGGGGGGCCUCAAAGUCACAUUCGCUCUCGCUACUUUUUUUUAUUUUUUUAUUUUUUAUCAUCGCUCCUUCUCACAGCUCGUCGAGGAGCAAACGACUGAGGAACAAAUCGGUCGCACCGAUUCUGCUGCUGCGUCAGACCCGAGCGUGUUCCGGGUUGUGUCCGUGGCCGAUCGCGUCAUCAGUGAGGAAACUGUCCGGUCCAGGACGCAGAAGAUCGUGCAGGAAAUGUCCAUCAUGUUCAGGGGCUGCAGCUGUGUUGGCUUUGAGCAGGCGGACUGGGCUGAAUGUUUCUGGACGAACAUCGCACGCUGUACUGCCCCCUCUGGCCACUUGAGAUCACUGCAACCCAUCAGAGAGAAGGACCUCAGCAACUUAAAGCAGCUUCAGACUGACUAGAAAUUUCUGUUAGAUGAGAAAGGGAGAAUUUCACACACAGAUCUGUGUAGUAAAUAAGUGUAAACAUGAAUAAAUUUCAUGUACUCAUG